UAUGAACUGUUUUUAGCUUUUUCUUGUAAACGCGUUAAAAAUAAAAUUGCUUAUUUCAUAUGAAUUAUAGUGAUUAUUAUUAUUUUCUUAGCUAAUAGCAGCACCAGCUACUCUUCAGCUGUAGUAAGUGGAAAUGAAACUAAUGAAAAUGUAGAGCAAUCAAUAAGUCAGAGAAUUGAAUCAGCUUUGACUGAAAGUGCAAAUAUUUGUGAAGAACAGAAUCAAAUAUCUCCUAAUGAUAUUAAAAAUACAGAUGCAGUUAGAAACAAUGACAUGGAAAAUGAAUCAACUUAUGACAUUGAAGAGCGCUAUAGUGACGAUGAUGCAAUUAGUGAUUUAUUUUCAAAUGGUAUCCGAGAUACUGAUGAUUUCUCAUUUCGAACUACUGAUACUGACGAUAGUGAGGCAAAUGAAUUCGAUUAUGAAGAUCAGCAUUUCGACGAUCGUAAAAUAAUGUUUGAAACUUCGAAAUUGGCUAUAAAUGAUGUAAUGACGUUAGUUAUGGCUUUUUCAAUAAGAUUCAAGAUAUCAGACGUAGGAAGAUCGGAAUUAAUAAAUAUGAUUAAAUUAUUUGCUGGACCACGAGUUAAUGAUAUAAAUAUUUCUAAGUAUAGAUUUCAACAAAAAUUUGAUCCACCAAAUGAAACAAGUAUGAUUCAUUAUUACUGUAUGAGUUGUAAGCAACAAAUUCUAUACUAUAUCAACUUAAAAGAGCGAUUUAGGAAACAAAAAAAAACAUGUGCUAUAUGUAACGCUCAAUGUGAAAUAACAACGAAAUCGAAGAAUUAUUUCAUGUCUGUCGAUUUGAAGUAUCAACUGAAAAUGAUGUUUGAUUCCGUAGAAAUUAAAAAAGAAAUAUUUGAUUUUAUUAAUAAGAUGGAUAAUAGAAACAAUGAUGAGAUCGCUAUUAGAGAUAUUUAUGAUAGUGAAUUGUAUAAAAAAAUAAAUAGUGAUACAAAUAUGAAGUACAUAACUUAUAACCUUAGUACUGAUGGGGCGCCUUUGACUAAAAGUGGCAAAAGAGGUUUCUGGCCUCUUCAAAUAAUUCUCAACUGUUUACCUCCAAAAAGUAGGUUUAAAUAUUCUCUUAUUUGUGGAAUGUUAACAUGUACUGAAGAACCCAAUAGCGAUUUAGCUAAUCUGUACUUCAACAAUUUUAAGGAGCAAGCAGCACUUUUGUAUAAUGAAGGUAUUUCAGAGACUGAUUUGAACGAACAAAAAAUUAUUAUUAAAUUCUAUCCACUAGCAAUUCCCGUAGAUUCUGUAUGUCGACCAAUUGUACAGAAUCGUAUUAAAUUCAACGGUUAUUUCGGAUGCAGUUGGUGUUACCACCGAGGAGAAUAUAUAAAAGAUGUAUCAGGAAUAAGAUAUGGUUUAUUAGAAAUCGAUCCAGAAAUUAGAAGUCACGCCAGUCAUUUGAAGGAUAUAAAAAUCAUAAAUUCUAAGAAUUUAAAUUUGGAUAAAAUAAUAAGUGAAAGAGGGGUUAAAGGCGACAUUACUUCUAUAACAAAAUUACCACACAUAGACAUGGUUUGGUCAUUUUCAUAUGACUAUAUGGAUGGUCUUCUUGCUGGUGUAGAGCAACAAAUUUUAAAAAAAUGGACAGAUUCAAAAUCAACAUCCAACUUUAAAUUGACUAAUCAAGAAAUAAAAGUAAUCAAUCAACGAUUAUUAUCCAUUCAACCAACGCAAGACAUCCACAGGCAACCACGCUCAUUAAAAGAAAAAGCAAAUUGGAAAAGUGCUGAAAUUAAGUCUUGGUGCUUAAUUUACAGCUUGCCAUGUUUACAAGGCAUACUUGAUGAUACAGCUUUAAAACACUAUUCUUUGUUAGUAAAAAGUUUAUACGUAUUGCUAAAAAAUAAUAUUACUAAAGAAGAAUUGGAUCAAUGUGAAAGUGACUUACUGGAAUUUGUUGGGAAAUAUGAGAUAUAUUACGGCAUUGAAAAUAUGACCUUUAACAUACACACUUUACUACAUGUUGUUGACUCCGUGAAAAAAAAUGGUCCUCUUUGGUCCAAUUCAACAUUCCCUUUUGAAAGUAACAUCUUCCAAUUGAAACAAUUACUUAAUGGUCCGAACGGAAUGGAUAAACAAAUGAUAAGGAAACAUUUACAAAGAUUGCAUUUCAAAACUGAUACCGUAGAUUAUUCUUCUGAUGAAAUAAGAAAUUAUUGUUCUAAUUUAUAUAAAUACAAAACUCUUUCAACACAUUAUGAUUUUGGAGAAGAUGAUGUUAUUUUUAUUGGAAAAAAAAACGUUUCAAAAAAGUCAAUGAAACAUAUUGUAAAGUGUACAAGAAAUGUAUAUUCAGAGGAAAAGUUUUACAUAGUAUAAACUAUACGAAUGUGACUAAGACCAACGAUUCAACAGUUCAACUACAUUCAAACGAUUUUGGUCAAAUAAUAGAUAUUAUGAAAAUUGGAAAUCAAUGUCACUUGAAACUAUCUAAAAUAACUACAUUUACGGAAAAUCCUUUUAACGUUCCACAUAUAAGAAACAUUUUUUCUGAAGACUUCAAAGAUUUUACAGUAGUUCCAAUUACUCAGGUAAAAUGUAAAAUUGUUUUGGUAAAUAUUCGAACAUCUAGAUACUUAUGUCAGCUACCAAAUGACUUUGAAGUGCAGUAAUAACCCUUACAAUA